AAUCAUACGUCAUGACGUAGACCAACAGCGCCGCCGCGUGCAGCGAACCAAACAUGGCGACAGAAGAAUCGGAAGAAGAUUACUUUGUUAGAGAAAUAGAGAAAAACAAUGGGUCUGUGUUGAGAAUGUAUCAGUGCAGCAAGGGUGACGUCGGAUGCGUAGUAUGGGACGCUGCUAUCGUUUUAUCAAAAUAUCUAGAAACGCAACAAUUUUAUAAUGUUCAGUCUGAUGCUAGUACAUGGCACGCUAAAAACAUUAUUGAACUGGGCGCAGGAACAGGACUAGUGGGUCUCGUGGCUGCCACUCUGGGGGCUAAUGUUAUAGUGACUGAUCUAGAAGACUUGCAGCCUCUUCUGCAACUGAACAUUAGGAAAAAUCAGAAUCUCAUUCGUACAGGUUCAAUCACAGCCAAGGUACUGAAAUGGGGAGAAAAUGUGGAAGACCUUCUACCUCAACCUCAUUAUAUUCUGAUGGCUGACUGUAUCUACUAUGAGCAGUCUGUAGAGCCUCUAGUGCAGACUCUGAAAUGUCUUGCUGGGCCUGAGACAUGCAUCAUCUGUUGCUAUGAACAGCGCACUGUUGGUGUAAAUCCUGAGAUUGAAAAAAGAUUCUUCGAGUUACUUCUGCAAGACUUUCAGUCUGAGGAGAUCCCACCUGAGAAACAAGAUCCAGAGUUUAACAGUCCUGAUAUUCACCUCCUCCAUCUGAGACGAAGAAUUGUAUAAAAACCUCAAGCUUCUUUUAAUUUGAGUAAACUUGUCUUUGGAUGUGUAUAUGUUGUUUUCAUUGGACUGUUGUGUGGGCCAGGUUUCAGUCAUUAUAACAAAAUAUUUUUG